AUGUAUCCCAUGGUGCAUACCGAGACUAGAGAUCAAAGGCAACCCCAUAUAGCGCUCAUCGGCGAACAGAGGCUCCAGUCUCUCGACGAGCAGGCUGCUCCUUCGGACGAAGAGGCUGUAGAGGAAAAUUCGAUAAGGAGAAGGCACAGGAGGCCGUUACAUAGGAGGUUUUUUACAUAUGUGAGAGAGGCGUGGACUGGUGUGAAGUCAGCUUUAGAUGUUUUUGCUGACAACGGAUCAGUUAUAGAUCAUGAGAAACCAGCUUCCAACAGCAUGAUGGAAGGUGAAGUCAAAGGUAAUUUUUGCGAUGUUGAAGAACCCUUUUCAUCAGAUGACUCAGUCAAAGAUCUGAAUUAUACCAACGACCCAUCUUCAUCAUCAUCAAGUUCAGACUCAUCUUCAUCAUCAUCAAGUUUAGACUCAUCUGAUGACGAUAAUGAAAAUGAAACGGCUAAUACCGUGAAUUUGCCAGUUGAGGCUGAUACUACAAAAAAAAAGAACGAGAAAGUUCACUACCAAGCGCCUAAGAAACACUGGCAAAGAAUACAAAACUUUGAGAAAGGGAUUAAUAGUUUCAGGACGACAAAUGAAACCACUGUGUGA